AUGGACAGAUUUGGUGGCGGCGUCGCAGAUAUGAGUCGGCGCGCUGGAGAUGUUUUGAGGCGUAUCAACAGAUUUGCUGAUGGGCCUCUGACCAGGAAGAAAUUGGUGAUUUUAGUACUCGUUGUCAUAUUUUUAGUUCUAUAUAUUGGCCCCACUCUCAUGAGUUGGCUAGUUGGACCAGAGACAGGUAGCGGACACCAGAAUGUAUGUCAGAAGAAUUUUAUGAGUCCUUUCGAAUCUGCUUUAAAAGAGUACGAUGUGUAUCUCAGACAGGAGUCAUCGGCGUCUCUGGCUUCACUCAGUCAUAAUUAUGUGCCUUAUGUUGGAAAUGGUUUGCUGGGUAUUGCACUAGAACACGAUAGUCAUUUGAACAUCAAGCAUGGAAGAACUUUGUCUUUGCCAGUGUUUUAUCAUCCAUUAUACAUUAUAGAUGACUAUGAUAUGAAAGAAUUCACAGUAGCUGAUUAUAAAAAAGGUAUUGUCAACAGAUAUCAAUGCUCGAACUCAGGGUUACAAAUAUCCUAUCAGUAUUAUGCACACAGAACCAUACCUUCCUUAUUUGUACAGGAGAUUUGGGUAAAUAAUCCCACAAGUUCUGCCAAAACAUUGAAACUUUCCACACCCAGAGUGUCUGACUGGCCUACAUCUGUUAAACAAACAAUAAAAUUGCAUCAGGGUGUGGACUUAAAGGAAUAUGAAGUGGUUACUGGAAUGAUACCGAUACCGGAUAGUGAAAAUGUAAUUGCUGCAUCAGUGGUGUGCAGGAAAAUGAGUAACACUGUCCAAGUAGAAGCUAGAGAUGGACUCGAUAUACUGAUCUUAACUACAGUUCAAUACAGUAAACCAAUAACUAAAGGUGAAUAUGCAAAACAAAAAGAUGCUGUUGAGAAAAGAGCCAUUGAGGAAAUGGAAAAGGUGAUAGCGCUAACCGGAGAUAGAACUGCUUUGAGAACACUCAGAGAUAACCAUGCCAGAGUCUGGCAAGGACUGUGGUACACUGGAUUCUAUAUCUCUGACUCUAAAGCAGAAGGAAUCAUCAAUGGUGAUAGAAUUAAUGCUACUAUAUAUGCUAUACUCUCUCAAGUAAGAAGCUAUGAACAUGAAGAGAACAUAAAACCUAACACAAAGUCAGAAAUACUGCGAAGCUUGACUUACUCUGAGGGUUGCUAUGAAGGUCACUCAACCUUAGAUGCAUUCAAUUUAUGGAAACCAUUGAAUUCUUUGGCUAACUUGAAUACAGUUGCCAGUGUGUGGUUACUGACCCUUGAAAAACAAGGCUGUCAUAAUCUUUUAAAAGCUGGUGCGAGUGGGGUAAAUCAGGCAAUGAUUCUGAGUUUUGGCAGUUUACGUUUCAGUAAUCAGCAUUUAGAGUAUAAUAUUCAUCCUUCAAAAUUGCAUAGAGACUUCCUAUUUCGCAGAGUCAAUUAUGGUAAUAUGACUCAUGUGAACAUUAGUAUAAUUUUACAAGAAGAUAAUAAAGCAGCUAUUUUUGUAGCUUUAGAUCGCUCAGACAAAACAUACUAUGCUUGCGAUGGGGGUUGUCUGGACUCACCUGUCCAGUUAGGGCCAUACCGCAAGUACUUCCCUGUAAAAUUGACAGAACCUCUUACAGCUAUAUUGUAUAUAACAGCUGACAAGCAGCAUAUGGAAGAUCUAAGGCAUGCUAUACAUGUCAAAGAAGUUGUAGAGGCGCCUGCUCAUGAAAACCAUGUAAUUGCAUUACAUAAACAUGGCCACAGCUUGGGAGGACUUAAUCCCUUAUUCUGGAUCUCUAUAAUAGUUCUAAUAGUUGUCUUUCAUUUAUUCUUGUGCAGGAUAAUCAUGAAUGAAUUUUGUGAUAGUGGAGUUAGUUACAGAAGGCUCUACAACAAGCCUUGA